AUGAGGGUCGUGCAGUCGUGCCACCAGCUGUACGACGACUCGGACCCUCUCCCGGCCUUCCAGCUGGGCACGACGCCCCUUGUGCCAUCGCUGGUCGAGUCCGCCCACCCCCCGACGAUUCCCGAGGAGAAGCUGCCCGUCGCUGCCGCGCCGGUGCCGCCGCCUCCGACCGCGCCCGAGUGGGAGGACCCGGCGGUGUACGGCAGGAACAAGCUCGCGCCGCGGAUCCCGCUGCACGGGUUCAUCACGGAGGCCGAGGCCAUAGCCUAUUACCGCCCGCUGCCAAACGGACACCUCCCGAAGCGCGUGGAAGUCGAUCACGGGUCGCGCGUGCACCUCCCAGGGCCGUACAAGUUCCGCCUCGAACCCACGCCCGCCCACGUGAACCCCUCGUUCUCCCAGAAGCGCUUCGACGACUCGGAUUGGGGCGACAUCGACGUGCCGGGCCACAUCGAGCUGCAAGGGUUCGGGAGCAAACCGAUCUACACCAACUUCCAGUAUCCUAUUCCGAUGACCCCGCCGUCGGUCCCGCGCGAGGACAACCCGACGGGUCUGUACCGGCACUGGUUUGAGCUCCCGGACGGGUGGGAGCCGCGCGCGGGCGCGAACGGCUGCGGCGGCGACCGCAUCCAGCUCUGCAUCGGCGCAGCGGGGUCCGCGAUCUACGUCUGGGUCAACGGCGAGGCCGUCGGGUACAGCCAGGACUCCAACCUCCCCGCGGAGUUUGACAUCACGACCAAGGUCAAGCCCGGGCGGAACCUGCUGGCCAUCCAGUGCCUGCGGUGGUCGGACGGCACGUUCCUCGAAGACCAGGACAUGUGGUGGCUGUCCGGCAUCCACCGCGAGGUGUCGCUCCUGCGCCUCCCGCCCAACCACAUCCGCGACUACAAAAUCACCACGCCGCUCAAGUUCAAGCCGGACCCCACGCAGCCGCAAGGCAGUGUGCCGGAGAAGGAGGGUGUUCCGCAGAAGCUCGUCGGCGCGGAGCUCCACGUGGACGUGGACAUCUCCGCGGUGCCCGGCGUCGACCUGUCGCGGUACCGCGUGCACGCGACGGUGCACUCGACGGAGGGCGCCCCGCUGGUGUCGGCUCCCCAGACGCAGCUCGACGACACGAUCUGGUCCGCCGGGCAGGCGACGGGGCAGGAGGGCCCGGACCGCGCCAAGGGCGGGCGCGCGCGCGUGCGCCUCGACGCGCUCGCGGCGUUCCACGACGCCGGGCAGGAGCUCAAGCUGUGGUCGGCCGAGGAGCCCAACCUCUACACGCUCGUCAUCCGCCUGAUCGACGCGAACGGCACGAUCGUGCACGUGGAGUCGUGCCAGCUCGGGUUCCGGUGGACGGAAGUCCGGGACCACGCGCUGUGGCACAACGGCCGCCCGGUGCUGAUUUACGGCGUCAACCGGCACGAGUUCGACCAGUACACGGGGCGGUACGUCACGGAGGAGUCCAUGGUGGAGGACAUCAUGAUCAUGAAGCGGUACAACAUCAACGCGGUGCGGUGCUCGCACUACCCCAACCACGAGCGCUGGUACGAGCUGUGCAGCCACUACGGGCUCUACGUGUGCGACGAGAACAACUUCGAGACGCACGGGUUCGACCCGCUCCUCACGGACAACGAGCGCAGCCCUGCGUGCGCCCCGAUGUGGAUGGCGCCCAUCAUGGACCGCUGCAUGCGCAUGCUCGAGCGCGACAAGAACUUUCCGAGCAUCAUCAUCUGGUCGCUCGGCAACGAGUGCGGCUACGGCAUCGCGCACAUGGCCAUGUACGGCUACGUCAAGUGCCGGGACCCCUCCCGGCCGAUACAGUACGAGGGGGGGGGGUCUCGCCCGCCGGCGACUGACAUCAUCUGCCCGAUGUACACGUCCGUGCCGCAGACGCGCCGCCUCGCGGAGUGGCCGGGCGAGCACCGCCCCGUCAUCCUGUGCGAGUACGCGCACUCCAUGGGCAACAGCACGGGCAAUCUGAAGGAGUACUGGAAGCUCUUUGAGCGGCUCCCGGGGGCGCAGGGCGGGUUCAUCUGGGACUGGGUCGACCAGGGCCUGAUCAAGGAGGCCGGGGAGGAGAACGGGAUCACGUUCCCGGACCACUGGGCGUACGGGGGGGACUUUGGGGAGGUGCUGCACGACGCACAGUUCUGCAUCAACGGCCUGCUGUUCCCGGACCGGCGGCCGCACCCGGCGAUGGAGGACGUCCGCACGGUGUACGCGCCGCUCGCGAUCGCCUGCGAGAUCCCGGAGCUCGCGGGGCGCUGCGCGGUGACGGUCCCCGCGCGCCUGCGCAUCCUGAACAAGAACUUCUUCAUCGACACGCACGCCAAGUACCACUUCUACGUCCAGGUCCUCGUCAACGGCGCGCCGCAGCCCGCGGGCAAGGGCGGCGCCGGGCGCGUCGAGCUGCUCGGGCUGCCGGUGCUGGCGCCGCGCGAGUGGAUUGAUGUUCCGCUGCCGGACGAGAUCGCGCGCGAGAUCCAGGACAUCAAGGACAACGGCGUCGCGAUGGGCGCCGGCGGCGAGGAGGUCUUCCUGAACUUCUGGUGCGAGACGGCCGUCGGGUACACGUGGGCCGAGCCCGGGCACUGCAUCAUCGCGUCUCAGUUCGCGCUGGGCGUCGCGAAGCCCCCGCGCGACGCGACGCCGCCGAGUCUCCCGGCGUCGAUCCCCGGGGACCCCGCGGGCGUCGAGGUGUUCGAGGAGGCGGGCGUGAUCACCGCCAAGGCCACCCGGGGGGGGUGUCCGGUUUCUAUUUCGGUCAGCCGCGUGCACGGCGGGCUGUGCUCGAUGGUCAGCGGCGGGACGGAGCUCCUCAGGCGGCCGAUGCUGCUCUGCAUGUACCGCGCGCCCACGGACAACGACCGCGGCGGCAGCGCUGGCAAAUCUUACGCGUGGCGCUGGGAGGCCUGCGGCCUGCACGACCUGGUCCCGAACGGCCCGGCGCGGCUGGACAUCGUGGAGUGCACGGACGAGGGCGCGCACAUCCGCGCCACCGUCGACCUCGGCCCGGGCCCCGCCCGUGGGGCCUGCUUGGGUGGCGCAGAGCACGGGACGGGCGCGGACGAGCCCGUCGGCGCCGACACCGAGGUCGGCGGCGCGCACUACUACGCGGAGCAGGGCGAGGAUCCCGGGUGCGACCCGCGGCCGCUCGGCGACGAGGUGGUGGACUGGCUCGGCCCGCUCAACACGUGGGACGGGCAGCCGCCGCCGCCGCCGUCGCUGCCGUACGUGCCGCCCGCGCGGCACGGCCGCGUGGACGGGACGGACAAGCCGCCCGUGCGCGACACGCACCUGGCGCACAACACGAUGGUCCGCAUGGUCGUCGACUACAAGCUUGGCAUCGACGGCACGCUGCACGUGAACGCGUGGGUGGACGCGAGCCGCGCGCUGCCGUCCCCCGAGGAGCUCCCGGGGUACCUGUGGCAGAGCCUCGCGCGCGUCGGCGUCACGAUGGCGCUCGAGCCGAUCAUGGACCACGUGGAGUGGCUCGGGCGCGGACCGUUCGAAAAUUACCCCGACAGGCGCGAGGGCGCGCUCGUCGCGCAGCACCGGGUGCCGCUCGCGGACAUGCACACGCCGUACAUCGUGCCGGGCGAGUGCGGCGGCCGCACGGACGUCCGCUGGCUGGAGCUGCAGGGGCCCGGCGAGGACCCCCAGAGCCGCCCCGCGGUCCGGUUCGAGGCAACCAAGGCGCCGCGAGGGCCCCCGGGCGCGCCGGAGGGCCCCCCGAUGUUCGCGCUCGCCUCCGUCAGCCCCUUCGGCAUCCUGGCGCUGUCUACGGCGAAGCACGAGCACGAGCUGUACCACACCGACUGCCUGCACGUGCACCUGGAUGCGGCGCACAUGGGCGUGGGCGGCGACAACUCGUGGACGCCGACGACGCACCCCGCGUACCUCGUCCCGCCGGGCGUGUACGAGAUCGGAUUCAAGGCGAUGCUCCGGGGCUUCGCGUGA